AAUCUGGUCAUAUUUUGUUGGCGCGCUAAAGAAGUCAACAAAUAAAAGAGUCGAAGUCUAGAAAGAACGUUCUGUUGAGUACAUCUAGGAUUUGGUUCUUCAUAAUUUGUUGACAAUCUUUAUCUGAUCAUGGCUUUAGUAAAUAUUUUAGAUGUAACGGUACUAAAUAAUCCCACGUCUUUUUUGAAACCAUUCCAAUUUGAAAUUACAUUUGAAUGUCUUGAAGAUUUACCUGAAGAUUUGGAAUGGAGAAUAAUUUAUGUUGGUUCUGCUGAAAGUAUGGAACAUGAUCAAGUUCUAGAUACUAUUUUGGUUGGACCUGUUCCUGGUGGAAAACAUAUGUUCGUUUUUGAGGCUGAUCCACCAGAUGUAAAAAAAAUCCCUGUAGAUGAUAUAAUGGGUGUGACUGUUGUACUUCUAACCUGUUCCUACAGAGGCAAAGAGUUCAUAAGAGUUGGUUACUAUGUUAACAAUGAAUAUGACGAUCCAGAACUGAAAGAAAAUCCUCCUACUGAAAUUCAGUACAAUAAGUUGACCAGAAACAUCUUGUCAUCUGAAGUGAGAGUGACCAGAUUUACAAUACCCUGGCAUGAUUCUAAAGGAGAAGAGGAGGAAGAGCAACAAAAAAUGGAAGAAGAUCCACCUUGUCUCACAGACAUGCCAGCACCAAAAAUUGUAGACGAGUUCGAGGACAAAAUUGCUAAAGACCUUGCCUAUGAAAGAGCAGAGAGAGAGAGGAUGACAAAUAAAGUUCCUUUAUCUGACCCUGGCAACAUUUAUCCCCAUGAUGACAAUAGGUUUUAUCAUUCAGAAGAUUCAUCCAGUUUGUGUUUGCCAUAAGUAUAAUUAGCAUGCAUGUUGUUGUUUUUUUUAUUUUUAAAUAAAUAUUUAAUUUAUAAUUAUUAAUCUAUAAAUAACAAAAAUUGCCAUGUUUAAAGGCUUGAGACUGCAACAUUUGAAUGAGUAAGAAUUUAUAAUUUAAGGUCUUAAAAAUGCUACAUAUAUUUAUGUAUACAUAUUUAUGGGUAACAAUUUUUUUCCCUCUUCAGAGAAGCAUAUAACUGGAUGUAGAUAAACCUAUUCUUCCUUUUCCAACAUGUAAAAGUUUUAAUAUAUUUCAAAUUUUCAAGCUAGAAUUUCUGAAAAUUGUUGAAAUAAAUAAAAAAAUACCUUUAGUGAUAUAGCUGCAUCUGAAGUCUCAACAUGUCAUAUAAAAAGUAAUGCCACAUUAGUGUGAUUUUGUUAUUAUAUUUCUUGUCUAAGCAUUGUAAUUGUAAGUUAUUAAUAUUGAAUACAUUAGGAAGUUUGCACCGCUACUGCUUCUCUGAAAGAUCUAUUUUAUGUUUUACUUGUAAUGCACAAUAAAUAGUAUGCUUUUAUGUUGUGGGGGAUUGAAGGGGAUGGUAUUUAACUGUCAAAUAGAUUCCUAGAAUAACAAAGUUAAAUUGUAUUUUUUUUUGUCUUUGUUUCCUCCUUCCUAUUGACAUUUUUUUCUCAUUGGGUUGUAUUUCUAGUUUUAUAAUCUGAUAAUCCAUAUCCCCAAUAUAGGUACUUCUAUAAACUUAAAUUAGUUCAAGAGUAAUUCAUAAACAAUUGACCCACUUUGCUGAGAGUUACCUUUUAGAAGUGGGGACACAACUUUUAAUAUUCUGUAGUGACUUAGAGCAGCGCAUGUUUGCAUUAACUAACAUAGAAACCCUUCAAAGUAUAAACAUUGCUAUCAUGUCUAUGUAUUAGUGAUAGGUGACAAAUAUGAUAGUGUUCAACACAUAAUUGAAACAUAAUUAACAUUAGCCUGAAUCUUAAUUAGUGUAACUGUUCAAGUUAUGAGUUCCUGAUGCUUGCAAGGAAAUAGCUAUUCGAUAGUCUAAAUUUCUAAAAUAUUUUGAAUGGGGUAUGAGUUUGGAGCCACCAAACAAAUUAACAAGAUUAGUAAUUUAUACUAAUCUGGGAGUGAAAAUGCACAUAUCAAAUAUAGUGUGUCUUUGUAUAUAUAUUUAUGUUACCGGCAAAGUGUGAAAUAAGGGCGUUUUAUAGAAAGCCUGGUGGGUUUUUUUUACGCAAAGUACGAAAUGAUUCUCCAUUUCCUACUUUGUGUAGGCAUUCUAUAGAAUGACUACCUCUGCAUCAAGUAAACUAAUAAAAUGUCUUAUUUAGAAAUAAAUUUAUUCAUUAAAUAUAAAUGUGUGGGGAAAAAAAACACAAAUAAACAACAGGGUUUCUUGUAGACCCUUGAUUUUAUACCCUAUGCUUAGUGCUAUUUCAAGUAUUAAAUAAUCAAAUAAUUUUGUAAAUCUACAAAUAUUUUUAAAUAGUAGGCUUAUUAUACAUAAGUAAAUAUAAAAAAUUUUAGUUUCUUCUAAAAAAAAAAAAGACUAAAAUUAAAGAUGCCAAAACAUUUAGCAGGUAAACUGUCUACAUGUAAUAGAAAAAGAAAAUAAAGAUAUUCAUAAAUUCUUCAAUGCUACUCUUAUUUUGAAAUAGUUGUGUUAGUUUCUUCUUAAAAACAAAUAUAAUAAUGUUCUAAUCAGGUGUCUUAACUUAUAUAAUGAAAGGAUAAUUUUAAUAAAUCAGCUAAGUCUACAUAUUCUAUUUGUACGCAUUUUUGCAUUUCCAACUAUUCGUUGUUCUUAUACAUUAUCUUAUGUUGAGAAAAAAUGGCGAAUAGAAAUAUUAUUCCAAGAAAUUUAUUUUAGUAAAUACUUAAAAUCAUCAUUUUUAACACUUUGCCUAAAGCAGUUGUAGUCAUUCUAUUGAAUGCCUAGGCAUUCUAUACAAUACCUAAGCAAGGUCAGAAAUGGAGAAAUCAUUUCUCACUUGACCUGGAUGUUUGGGGCAUUCUGUAACAUGCACAGGAUUUCCCAGUUUGCUGCUAACAUAGAUAUAGAUAGAUAGAUGUGUGUAUGUAUGUAUGUUCCUACUGAAGUGAUUAGAAAAUUAUUAUUUAAUUGUUCUAAAUCAUCUGAUGAAACACCCUGCUACAGUAAAUGGGUUGCUGUAUGUGUUCCUAUGUAAGGUUAUCUAUUAUCUUGUGAAACCCUACAAUAUAUGGCAUCCCAAAAGGUUAACUGCUAAUUAAAAGUGCAAUGUAUAUUCAAUAACUCAAUAUACUUGCAGUGAAAUCAAUUGUUUAUUUGUAUGCACACUGUUCAUAGUUUUGCUUAAGUAUCAAUUGUACAUUUUUGUGGCUUUUUUUUUUUCAUGUACUGAUACUUUGAUUUAGAAAUGUUUAAUCCUCUUGUUUACAAGCUCAAUAGAUUAGAUUUAGAUGAUUUUUUUCACCCCAUAUUGGGGAGGAGCUUUUUGUAGCAUUUGAGUUUGCAUGAACCUUGUGCAAGUUUUCUCAAUGUCCAUAUCUUGUGCAGUUUGAAUAGCCACAACUUGAACUUUUAUCAGAUCAAGUUACCAAAAACAAAAUGUUUCAGUUUUGUAAAUAAAAAAAAUAUUUGUACAUAAAUUAAAUUUUCUUUUUUAAGUGAAAUAAAAUAUUAAAAUAUGCAAA